AUGGCCAACAUCACUUUACAACCGACCGCAUACACACCCUCCGCGCCGGCUCGCAAUAAUGAAGGACCGCGUAAUACAGUAAUAGAAGAUGCACCUCAGGUCUCGCUCCGAAGAGCACCACCACAAAGAUUACAGCCACGAACAUUCGUCAUUUCGCCAGUGAGCGACGACUUCCCGACCCCCAAGGCCGCGGUCUCAAACACUCUGGCAAUUCCCAUGGAGAGCAGCACGAACAUGAGCAACUCUGAUUCCGAGUCAGACCAGAGCUCACUUUGGAGUAAGCGGAGCUCCAGAAGUUUCGACGAGCUCUACGACAUUUCAGAAAGCGACUCAGAGGAGGUGCCCAUCAAGCUCUCAACCUCAGUCAAGAAGCGCGUGGGAAGCAAAGACCCGAAGGCCAGAUAUCCUUCCCUGGUGAUCCCAUCUCCAGGUCAAUGGCCGACGAUUGAGAAGCUUAGGUCCGCAUCAGCGCUUUCUCCGCCCAUUCAAGUCAGCUUGUCGCCAGCGAUCCUCUCGAGAUUACAAGACCGUGACCUACGUGUUCCGAGUACCACAUCUGCUCCUUCACUUGAUGGUAGCCUGACAUCCGAGGAACUUGCGAUCUCAAGCUGCCCCUCGACACCCGACAUUCAGGGACCUUUGGACGACGAGAACUCAUGGGAGCCAAACGUUCGCCUCAGCCGCUCAACGAUCGAUCUCCUUCAGCACAUUCACGGCGAAGACCAACAGCAGUCACAGCAAACCGUGAUUGAGAUCCCUGAGGAAGCAAUGGAGGAGAUGAAGGAGAUCGCCGAUUCGCCACCAAUCACGAGGAGGUUCAGGAUCGACACUUCCAGCUUGGUGCCUCGAGACCCGAAUGAGGCUGACGAUGAAUUGUCUGCACUAUCAGUACCGUCGCCUGGUGGCUUCUUCGCCUCGCUCGACUCCACCAUCGCGCGCAAAGCCUGGGCCGAUGCAGACGCCGCGCCGAACACCAGCACCGCCGCCGAGUUCUAUGGCGUGCCCUUCAGACAAAGCGAUGCUCCACCAUUGCCAACCAGCACAGCCACAUCGUUCUACAACUUGCCUUGGGAAGUACGCCCCGAUAACGCUGUCGAACACGUCGUGGCACUUGCCUCUCCAGCAAGCACACAAGACCCAGUCACCGCACGAAAGGUUCUCUUCUCCCCCACCGAUGUCGUCAAAGAGGUUGAGGAAAUUGACGAGAGCUACGACGACGCGCUCAAGCAAAAUGCUUCCGCCAACAUUGAUCGCACGGCUUCAUGGCUGUUUGCUCAAGAUGCAUACAUGCAAGCUAUCUGCGAAGAAGACCAUGUUGCGCAGAGCUUUCGAGAUGUCGAAGGAGCUGUUCCAAGCACUCCCAUCGGUCAAGCUUUCAUCGUUGAGGACACGUCACCAGGCAAGAAAUCCGUGCGGUUCGCUGAUGUGCAGACCGAGUCGCCAAUGGCAUUGUCAGCGUCAAGCCCAGCUGACAAGAAGCGUAUCUCCCCUAUCCAUGACGGUACGUUCUGGGAAGCAUGGCGCCUCACAAAGCGCUCGCAACGCGCGCGUGAUGUGUUCGCGCACCGUCAGGCAAGAGCUGAGGCUGAUCACGUCAACCGCGUGAGUUUGCAGAAGCAGCAUGCAAACCAGCUGAAUGGCAAAUACGAGAUCACGAAUGCCGAUCGACCUGCACCGCAACGUCCCGUCUCAUCGCUUCUGCCCGUCGCUGCAGAGGAUGAGAAGAAAGAACUCAUCGCCAAAGCCGAUCGCGAGCGACAAGCUCUUGAGCAACUGCAAUCAUCAUCGUGGCAUCUCGCUGCUCAAAAGGAGGUCAAUGGCGGCAGGCUGUUGACCAGUCCGAUCGUGCAGAGCUUCAAGGGUCGCAAGGAUGUCUCCAUCCUGGACCUUGCUGGUCAAGUACACUGCAGCUGGGCAUGGACCGUCGCUCAUGACCACCCAGAUGCAGCAGUGUACACUACAGUCUCUUCGGACGCCGAGGCUCAUGUUGCUUCCCUUGAUGGACCAUCGAACCACUUCGUUGUCACAUCACCAAAGUUGUGGGAGCUGCCAUUCGAGGACAACCUCUUCGAUGUUGUGUCAGCUCGCAACCUUUACACACACCUCAAGACUAUCUGGCCAAAGGGCUCGGCAGCCGAUGAGUGGGAUCUCACCCUCCGCGAGUGCCUUCGUGUUCUGAAGCCUGGAGGCUACCUCGAGUUUGACUUGCUGGACGCUGAGCUCGUCCACGCUGAUGCUGUAAGUCAAGCACUUGGCGUCGAGUUCGCUUUCAACCUGAAGACUCGAGGCUAUGAGCCAUGCUCGGGCAAGAGCUUCCUGCCUCGCCUAAAGCGAGCUGGAUUCUGCGAGAUCAAGCGUGCCUGGAUGGUCCUUCCGGUCGCCGAUGCGUUAUCUCAAUGGAGUGACUCCGGAAAGGGUGCUUUAGCCAACGUCGAGAUGUCCAUUGCUACAGACGGCACCGUCACCGAGUACGCCCCACCACUUACGGGCAGCACCAAGGACGUUCGCGCCAUGACUGGUCUUGUCGGCGCUAGGAUGUGGGAGCAGUGGAUGCUCAAGCUUAACAGCGAGAUGGGUCGAAGCGAGAAGCUCGUUCUUGACAACGUUGCUAAGUCACUGGAGGAGGGAGGCAAGGGCAACGCUGGAUGGAGGUUGCUCGUUGGCUGGGCGAGGAAGGCAUAG